UCCUGCCAUGAUGUUAGAGGGAGAGAAACCCACAGCUUGUUAAUUUCACCUCCCAAUCAGAUCCGGGGAGAAGGAGAUCAUUGAGAACAGGUAGAGCUUUGUUUCCCCCUGUGGUCAUGACGGCUUCGCACAGUGACUCUUUGGUGGUGUUGUUUGGGGCAACAGCUGGUGCAUAUGGGGCUAAACUGGGUUCGGAUGAGAGGGAACUAAUUCUCUUGGUGUGGCAAGUUGUGGAUCUACACAGCAAGAAGGUAGGGACAUUGCACAAAUCCCUGGUAAAAGCAGACAAUUUGGAGCUAAGUGACCAGUGUCGAGAAGUGAGUGGCUUAACACCAGAGGGACUGAGCAAAGCUGAGCCUCUGGACCGAGUUCUCCAACAGUUUAGCCAGCUGGUCUCCAGUGAUUUGAAGUUAUUGGGAAGAAGCUCUUACACACUCUGCACAGAUGGCCAGUUGCUCAUUCGGCAGGCCCUCCACCCAGAAGCAUCCAAAAAGAACUUCCUACUGUCAGACUGCUUUUAUUCAUUUUAUGAUCUACGCAAGGAGUUUCACGCGUGCUACCCCAAUUCAGCCCCCGUGAAGGAUCAAACUAUCAAAUCCAUGGCAGAGUAUAUAGGCUUAGAGACAGAUGAAUCAGAGGAGGACUUUGGUGUAUGGCAAGUGAAAACCAUGGUGGCUAUUAUUUUCAGCAUGCUUUCUGAAACCUGCAUUACAGAUUGCAGAUUUACUGACCCUGAAACUGUGAAAUACAAGUAUGAAACAGGUCCCUGUAGUAAAUCUGAAGCAGUAGACAGCGAAACGGUAAUACGUGCUAGAGGUUUGCCUUGGCAGUCUUCAGAUCAAGAUAUUGCCCGUUUUUUCAAAGGACUCAAUAUUGCCAAAGGCGGUGUUGCCCUUUGCCUGAAUGCCCAAGGAAGGCGAAACGGGGAAGCCCUAGUGCGAUUUGUCAACCCUGAACAGAGAGAUUUGGCAUUGGAAAGACAUAAGCAUCACAUGGGUAGCAGAUACAUUGAGGUUUACAAAGCAACUGGAGAAGAAUUUUUAAAGAUUGCUGGAGGCACCUCCAAUGAAGUAGCUCAGUUCUUGUCCAAGGAGAAUCAAGUCAUCAUCCGGAUGAGGGGUCUUCCUUUCACAGCCACUCUGGAGGAUGUCUUAGGGUUCUUGGGGCCUGAGUGUCCAGUCACAGGAGGGAAAGAGGGACUUCUUUUUGUCAAGUACCCAGAUGGAAGACCCACGGGAGAUGCAUUUGUGUUGUUUUCCUGUGAAGAAUAUGCACAGAAUGCACUUAGAAAGCACAAGGAGAUCCUUGGAAAACGUUACAUUGAACUGUUCAGGAGCACAGCAGCAGAAGUCCAACAGGUGCUUAACAGAUACUUGUCAACACCUCUCAUCCCUACUCUUCCAACUCCCAUCAUUCCUGUCAUCCCCCCGCCUUACACCAUUGCUGCUGGCAGCAUCCGUGACUGUGUCCGGCUCCGGGGCCUUCCUUACACAGCUGGCAUUGAUGACAUCCUGGAAUUCAUGGGAGACGCGACAGCAGAUAUCAAACCACAUGGAGUCCACAUGGUCCUUAAUCAACAGGGACGACCAUCAGGUGAUGCUUUUAUCCAAAUGAAAUCUUCUGAUAGAGCCUUUUUGGUGGCCCAGAAGUGUCACAAGAAAAUGAUGAAGGACCGCUACGUGGAAGUGUUCCAGUGUUCAGGAGAGGAGAUGAACUUUGUUUUAAUGGGUGGCACUUUAAAUCGUAGUGGCUUAUCCCCACCGCCAUGUAAGUUACCAUGUCUUUCUCCACCAGCGUAUGCUGCUUUCCAAACAGCCGCAGCAGUGAUCCCAGCAGAAGCAGCACUUUACCAGCCACAAGCCCUGUUAUCAACAACCAGGACUCCCCAGGCUUCUGCUGCUGCCCCUCCAACUGUUACCUACUACCCGGCUCAGGCUGCUCAGCUUUACAUGAACUACACAGCUUACUAUCCCAGUCCUCCAGUAUCGCCUACCACGGUGGGGUAUAUUGCAGCUCCUCCUGCAGCAGUAGCAGCUGCUGCCUCAGCCACACACACUCCAAUGCUGCCCCAGCCUGGAGCUUUAGUUCGUAUGCAGGGCUUGCCUUAUAACACAGGAAUGAAGGAAAUUCUCAGUUUCUUCCAGGGAUACCAGUAUGCACCUGAUGACUACAAUGGCCUUAUUCAGCUGAACGAUCAAGCAAGGAGUGUGUUACAAGCACCGAAAGAGUGGGUCUGUUUGUAACUGUUUGUAACUUCCAAAGAAGCUCCACACAGAUUCCAUUCUCGUGCUUUACAACUUUAGUGGCCAGCCCAGUGGAGAAGCGUUGGUGACUUUUCCAAGCCUGGACCUGGCUAAGAAAGCAGUGGCUGAGAAAAAUGGACAGCUCCUGGGAAGUCGCUAUAUAGAACUCUAUCUGGUCUAACCAAAAGACUCUUGAGGGGAGGGGGGAGGGAGAAGAAAGGGAAGGGAAGUAAUAUUAAACACUAUGCCUUUUAAUAAAACAAAGUCUUCCCUUGCUAUCCACACAGCAGUAAAUGUGCCUUCUCAGCCUGCAUGGUAGGUUGCAGGAGUGAUACUUGUUCCUGUAUUUAAUUUGAAAAAUCUCCUGCCCUGCACCAAAAAGAGAAAUAAAAACUAUAUCACAAAUUUCCUUAAGAAAGAGAAGGAAGAUUGAUUUCAGGAUACUUGUUGAAAUGCUGCCACCCAGUUAACCCGUGAAGCAAUCCAAGAGCACUUCAGCUAUCACAGCCCCGGGGGGGGCUUAAUUUUUGUUCUGUAGUGUUUGAAGUGGAAAGUGAAAUUUGGUUUGUUCAGAUUCUUUUGUUUUAGGUUUUAAGAAUUUACUCUCAGCAAAAUGUCUCCAGAAAGGGCUGCUGAAACUUGCAGCUUUCCCAAAUUGUAGCAUAAAUCCUAUUGGAUUUUUUUGUUGUUGCUUUCCUUAACUGGAAAAUACCCAGGAUGCCAUAUCCAAAUGGAAUAGGAGAAGCUGCUUCUUGUCAUUGUGUUGUGUAAUGCAAAAGCCAUAUCAGUCUUUCCUACCAACAUACAUGCUGCCAAUGUGUGAAGCAAAAAGAACCCCAAACUUUUAAUUUCUACAGGACAAAAAUGGCACAUAAACAUUGAGUACUAGUAAGUUAUAUUUUUUAUUUAAGCAUAAUAGCUUUCAGAUACUGUAUUAAAGAUUUCGCUCUAGUUUAUGUGCAUGCAAUUUGUUUACAUCUUUAAACUACUUUAUUUGUAUAUUAUGAAGCAACAAAAUUGUUGAAAUCUAAGCCUUCUAGUGCAUGCAUUUUUCCUUUCUUUGUGUGUAUAUACAUAAGCUAGAAAAACUAGUUUGUCAUGUAGCAUGUGUUUAAGAAGACAUCUGCUGUAGAAGCACUAAAUGAUUUUGUUUUUACUGUGCCUUAAUUCAAGCCUAUUCAAAGUGCAAUACCAGCAGAGCAAAAUGUCAUGAGUCCUGUUGUGACAGGCUCAUGGAUGUCUGUGUACACUGAUCUUUUUUUAGUUGGUGUACAAUUUGAGUUGUACUGAAAAGAAUGAAUGAUGUAUGCUUCUUUAUAUUACAACAAA